CCGCAAUGAACACGGCGCCGAGUCUCGCGAGAACGAGGGGACUCGCCCUCAUCCGUCGAAACGAUCCUCCAGUCCGGCUAGUCUCGCGAGACUGAGCACCAGCGAGAGCAUCACCUUUUUCAGUCAUCGAAGUUUGUGUGUUUGCUUUGCCGGGUUUCUGUGCUUUAUUUAGUCCUGAUCAGAAGUAAACCCGUGUUUGUUUGACCUGCACAGACCUGCUGGACAUAGAGGAGGUCAUGGAGGUGUCCUGCGGCUCCUGCUGGACGAGAUCACAAACACAUCUCUUUACAAUCAAACCAUGUUUACAGAGGUGCUUUGGAAUGUGGGAAAUCUAUUUAUUUUUUUAUUUUAUUUAUUUUUAAUGCAUGUAUUUUUGCCUUUAACUAGACAGGGCAUUAUUAUUAUAUUGAGAAAUAAAAUCAACAUAAUGAGUAUUUAUUUUUGGCCUUUGUUGCAUUAUUAUUCUAAUAUUAUUAUUCUAUUAAAUUGCAAAGAUUUAUUUUAGCCAUUUUUUGGCUUUAUGUAGACAGGCUUUUUAACAUAUUAUUAGAUCAUGUUUUACAUAUAUAUAUAAAAUCAGUGUGUUGAAGAUGUAUUUUUAUACUGGAGUGUUAGAAAAUCCUUAAUAAAGCAUGAUGGAGAAAUUCAUGUGAAAGUAUCUUCAUAAAAAGCACUAGAUGUUAGAUGUUCCUCUCUCUCUCGUUCUUGCUCUGGUCGGCUCUGGUUGUUCUGUGUUGUGUGACACACAAAGGCAGUGAGUGACCGGUGAGUGACCGCAGCAGAGAGGUCAGAUCAGUCAGAAGAUCAGCAGCUGAGGAUGACCUCUGAUAAUAAAUGGCCUCGAGUGAAGCUGAUAACUCUCUGAGUAACGAGGAGCCUCGGCCGGGAGACCUGAUCGAGAUCUUCAGACCUGCCUAUCAGCACUGGGCCCUUUACCUGGGAGACGGUUACAUCAUCAACCUCACACCCCUCGACGAGAGUCCGGCGGCCGCCGUGUCCAGCGUGAAGUCCGUCUUCAGCCGCAAGGCCGUGGUCCGCAUGCAGCUCCUGAAGGAGGUGGUGGGAGGAGACUCGUACCGCAUCAAUAACAAGUAUGACGACGAUCACACUCCGCUGGCCGUGUCUGAGAUCAUCCAGAGAGCGCAGCUGCUCAUCGGUCAGGAGGUGUCCUACGACCUGCUGGGCAGUAACUGUGAGCACUUCGUCACGCUCCUGCGCUACGGGGAGGGCGUCUCUGAGCAGGCGUCUCGGGCCAUCGGGGCCAUCAGUUUAGUGACGGCUGCAGCGAGUGCGUUCUCAGUGCUGGGUCUGAUCAACACACGCUCCAGAAACAGACCCUUCUAGAGCCCGUCCGGAGAAGAUCCGAGCUCAGGGGAACUUAACUCUUGCUGUGACGCUAUGAUGUGGUAUUCAAAGGACUGAAAUAGAACGGUGGUGAAGUAGGACUUUGUCUGUACGAAGGAAAUAUUUGUAUUUAUUUUGAUUCAUAAUUGCUAUGGAAAUCUAUUAUAUUUAUUUUUAAGAAUUAUACAGGUUAAUAAACUCAGUGCUGUCAGAUGAUUAAUCAUCCAAAAUAAAAGUUUUUG